AUGGCGUCUAUAAGCUCAACUGCCAUUAACGUCAACGACCCCGGCCUCAUCACACUCGUCAACAAGCUUCAGGAUGUUUUUACCACCGUAGGGGUUCAAAAUCCCAUAGAUUUACCGCAAAUCGCUGUCGUAGGGUCACAAUCGAGCGGAAAGAGUUCAGUACUGGAAAAUAUCGUUGGAAGAGACUUUCUUCCAAGAGGAACAGGCAUUGUCACAAGACGCCCACUCAUCCUUCAACUCAUAAACCGACCACCUGCUAUACCAAAGAUCGAAACCAAUGGCGAGCCAGUCGGCGAAGCCGAUGAAACUGUGUCUAAGGCAGAUGACAAGGAAGCCAAUGUUGAUGAAUGGGGCGAGUUUCUGCAUAUUCCGGGCCAGAAGUUCCAUGACUUUGGCAAAAUUCGUGAUGAAAUUGUGCGCGAGACUGAAUCGAAGACAGGCCGCAAUGGGGGCAUUUCUCCUGCUCCCAUUAACCUGCGCAUCUACUCGCCCAACGUCCUGACUCUCACAUUGGUGGAUUUGCCCGGUCUGACAAAAGUGCCUGUUGGCGAUCAGCCCAGAGAUAUCGAGCGCCAGAUCCGAGAAAUGGUUCUAAAGCAGAUCAGCAAGACCAAUGCUAUCAUAUUGGCUGUCACGGCGGCCAAUACAGAUCUGGCAAACUCAGAUGGCCUUAAGUUGGCGAGAGAAGUGGAUCCAGAAGGUCAAAGAACCAUCGGUGUCCUCACCAAGGUAGAUCUCAUGGACGAAGGUACCGACGUUGUGGAUAUUUUAGCCGGACGUAUCAUUCCGCUCAGACUAGGCUACGUACCUGUGGUCAACAGAGGACAGAGGGAUAUCGAAAAUAAGAAGGCUAUUUCUUAUGCCUUGGAACACGAGAGGCAAUUUUUCGAGCAACACAAGGCGUACAGGAGCAAGGCAGCGUACUGCGGAACGCCGUAUCUGGCCCGCAAACUCAACCUGAUUCUUAUGAUGCACAUCAAACAAACAUUACCAGAUAUAAAGGCUCGAAUUGCUUCCUCAUUGCAAAAAUAUUCCGCCGAGCUCGCCUCACUUGGUGAUUCACUGCUCGGUAACAACUCAAACGUCGUCCUAAAUAUGAUCACGGAGUUCUCAAACGAGUACCGGGCUGUUCUAGAAGGUAAGAACACGGAGCUGUCUAGUAUCGAACUCUCCGGAGGUGCCAGAAUCAGCUUUGUAUACCACGAGCUAUACUCGAAUGGUGUCAAGGCAGUCGACCCAUUCGACCAAGUCAAAGAUAACGACAUCCGCACAUAUCUGGUCAACUCUUCCGGUCCGUCCCCAGCUCUCUUCGUCGGAACGUCGGCCUUUGAGGUUAUCGUCAAGCAACAAAUCCGUCGCCUCGAAGAGCCCAGCCUAAAGUGUGUUUCACUCGUCUAUGACGAGCUCAUCCGCAUCCUAGGUCAACUCCUCACCAAGCCUAUGUUCCGCCGCUAUCCAGCACUCAAAGAGAAAUUCCACGCCGUCGUCGUCGCCUUCUUCAAGAAAUCUAUGGAACCCACCAACAAGCUUGUCCGCGAUCUUGUGUCCAUGGAGGCUACUUACAUCAACACCGGUCAUCCAGACUUCAUCAACGGCUCAAAGGCCAUGGCAAUCGUUCACGAGCGUCACUCCGCCACGAAACCCACACAGGUCGACCCGAAAACCGGCAAGCCCCUGCCCGCUUCUGCGAUUCCCCCACGCGCAGUCUCCCCUGUGCUCGACCCAGACGGUGGUUCUGGCUUUUUCGGCUCGUUCUUCGCGUCCAAAAACAAGAAGAAGAUGGCUGCCAUGGAAGCCCCACCACCGACGCUUAGAGCCUCCGGAACACUGUCCGAAAAGGAGGCCAUGGAGGUUGAAGUCAUCAAACUCCUCAUUGCGUCGUACUAUAGCAUUGUGCGCCGCACAAUGAUCGACAUGGUGCCCAAGGCAAUCAUGCUGAAUCUAGUCGCCAUGACAAAGGAUGAGAUGCAGCGUGAGUUGCUCGAGAACAUGUACAAGACUGAGGAGCUGGACGAUCUGCUUAAGGAGAGCGAUCACACUAUCCGACGAAGGAAGGAGUGUAUUCAGAUGGUCGAUAGCCUAAGGAGGGCGAGCGACAUUGUCAAUCAGGUAUGA